UGGUUUGUAGCCAAUCAUAGGGUAGGAUCUGCGCUUGCGCGCUGAGUGGUUCUGUCCGAUAGACGGGCCUGGCGGUGCGAUCGUUGGGUCCGAUGUCUCCAUUUUUCUUCAGAUACAGUGUUUGAUGUCUGGAGCCAUUUUCAAUCAAGAUGAGUUUCCUGCUGCCCAAACUGACCAAUAAAAAGGAAGUGGAUCAGGCAAUAAAAAGUGUAGCGGAGAAAGUUUUGGUUCUUCGAUUUGGGAAAGAUGAUGAUCCUGUUUGUCUUCAAUUGGAUGAUACUCUUGCAAAGACAUCUCAUGACUUAAGUAAAAUGGCAGCCAUUUACUUGGUGGAUGUGAACAAGGUGCCAGUGUACACCCAGUAUUUUGACAUCAGUUAUAUUCCAUCUACUGUCUUUUUCUUCAAUGGACAGCACAUGAAAGUGGAUUAUGGGUCUCCAGAUCACACUAAAUUUGUGGGAAGCUUUAAAACAAAGCAAGAUUUCAUAGAUUUGAUUGAAGUGAUUUACCGUGGAGCAAUGCGUGGAAAGCUCAUUGUACGGAGUCCUAUUGAUCCAAAAAAUGUUCCCAAAUAUGACCUUCUCUAUCAAGGAAUUUAAAAUAUUGAUUUGAGAUGAGCAAAACUUGUGAAUUCAUCUUGAAGACCAUAUUGGUCACCCUUUGAAGACAGACAUUCUGUCACUUUCUUAUAAAUAAAGGUACAUGUUUACUUGUA